GGGGAAGAGAGGUGGGCUCAGGUCCGCCUCUAAAGCGGGGCUCUGCUUCUGCUUCUCCUUCUUGGUUUUAGGCUUCAGAGGAGCCCUCAAGUCCUUAGAAGGCUCUGCCUGGGAAGCAGGGAGGGAGCAGCAAGGCUUUUGGGGUGGAGCAGAGAAAAAAGGCUCCUUCUUCUCCAGGGGGAGGCAAGAGGGACGAGGCAGCUGAGGUAAAGGGGGUUGUGCCGCUCUCCUAAAGGUCCCCAAUUGGGGCGUCUGGAGGCUUGUUGUCCCUCCUUGUUUCCCCCGCUUCCUCUCCCCGCCUUCCCUCUCCUUUCUGUUUUCUUUUCCCUUCCCUCCCUCCCCCUUCGAGGAGGGGGCAAUGGCAGCCCCACGCGAAGAAGGGAGCAGAGCCACCGACUUGAAGCAGCCUUGCUUUCUAGCCAGGCGCUGAGGGGGGAAAGAGGCUGCUUGGAGACCCCCUCCCCCCAACCUUUCCCUCCCCGGGAGGCUUCCCCCUUCUCUUUCCCCCUCUUUCAGCAGGUCUGGCUGGAGCUGACAGGUGCGCCUUCCAGCCACCAAGACCCCCUCCCCCCUGCCCCCUCCCUUGACUUAUUUCCCCAGACCUCCCUCCUUUGCCACAACUUUGCUCAGGAUUGCUGCCUUUUGGAGAGGCUCCGGAUUAUUAUGGUUUAAACCUGAGGAGAAGGAGGAGGAGGGAGAGAAAGAGAGGGGAAGAAAACCCUGGAGACGCAGGAUCAAGAGGGGGAAAAGACAUCAGAGGGAGAGAGAGAGAGAGAGAGGAGGGGGGGGAGCAAAAAAAGUUUUGGAUGGGAUUAUGUGGAAACUACUCUCCUCUCUGCUGCUGCUGCUGGAGGUGGUGGUGGUUCUCCAACAGGCUCAGUGCUGCCCCCGCCUCUGCCUCCUCUCCACUGGGGCAGCUUUUGGGGGCUGAGCGAAGGCUUGACCCGGCCCCUGGCCCUCGGCAAAGGGCUCCUGCCUGUCCCCCCGAGCAAGAGGCCAAAUGCUCCUCUUCGGACUCUUCUUCUGGCUGCUGCUGACAUCUGCCCUGCUCAGCCAAAGGCAGCAGCAGCAGCAGGCGGCGCGCGCCGAGUCCAACCUCAGCAGCAAGUUCCAGUUCUCCAGCGCCAAGGAGCAGAACGGGGUGCAAGAGCCACAACAUGAGAAGAUUAUUACGGUGUCUACAAAUGGAAGUAUUCACAGCCCAAAGUUCCCAUAUACUUAUCCCCGCAAUACAGUAUUGGUGUGGCGAUUAGUAGCAGUGGAGGAGAAUAUGUUGAUACAACUCACUUUUGAUGAAAAAUUUGGGCUUGAGGACCCAGAAGAUGAUAUAUGCAAGUAUGACUUUGUAGAAGUUGAAGAGCCUAGUGAUGGAAGUAUUUUAGGACGGUGGUGUGGUUCUGCUGCUGUUCCAGGCAAACAGAUUUCCAAAGGGAACCAAAUCCGGAUUAGAUUUGUUUCAGAUGAAUAUCUUCCUUCUGAACCUGGAUUCUGUAUUCAUUAUACCCUUCUUACAUCACAUCAUACAGAAUCUACCAGUCCAACCGUGCUACCACCAUCAGCUUUACCAUUAGAACUGCUAAACAAUGCUGUUGCUGGAUUUAGUACAGUGGAGGAACUUAUCAGGUAUCUUGAGCCAGAUAGAUGGCAAUUAGAUUUGGAAGACCUAUACAGACCAACUUGGCAACUUCUUGGAAAAGCUUACAUUCAUGGGAGAAAAUCUAGAGUUGUAGAUUUAAACCUUCUGAAAGAGGAGGUACGAAUGUAUAGCUGUACUCCGCGCAACUUCUCUGUUUCUCUACGGGAGGAGCUGAAACGAACGGACACCAUCUUCUGGCCACUUUGUCUGCUGGUUAAACGUUGUGGUGGAAACUGUGCCUGCUGUCAGCAUUCUUGUACUGAGUGCCAAUGCGUCCCCACAAAGGUUACUAAAAAAUAUCAUGAGGUCUUGCAACUGAAGCCCAGGAGCGGUGGAAAAGGAUUGCAUAAAUCUCUGACUGAUGUACCUUUGGACCAUCAUGAGGAGUGUGACUGUGUAUGUAGAGGGCAUUCAGAAGGAUAAAAGGAACUAGAUGUGCUUCUCCUUCUUUUACAGAACAUACAAAGAGUGGCUGAUGUUGUUCUGGGGUUGUGCAUUAAUUUCCUUCUGUAAUCUCAGUUGUUUGCUUUGGGACUCUUCAGUCUUCUGGAUUUGACACUGCUGGGGCACAAAGAGAGAAGAAAUCAAACUGGGAUUACACAUGCAAUGUAACAAGAUGAUUGCUUGAAGGCCCCCUAUCAGGAUGAACAGAAGGAGGUAUCAACGAGGAACUGUUUUUCUCUGCUCAAUAUAUAUAUAUAUAU